AUGGACCCCAACGGCCCCGUCACCAUCCGCACCUCGAAGUUCAUCACCAACCGCCUGCUUAACCGCAAGCAGUUCGUGCUUAACAUCUCGCACCCCACCCGCGCCAACCUUUCGCGCUCGGAGCUCGGCGAGCGCCUCGCCCAGCUCUACAAGACCGAGGCCCAGCGCGUCGUUGUCUUCGGCCUCCGCGCCAAGUUCGGUGGUGGCUCGUCGCAGGGCUUCGGCCUGAUCUACGACGACGAGGAGUCGCAGAAGAAGUUCGAGCCCAAGUACCGCCUCAUCCGCUCGGGCAUGGCCACCAAGGUCGACAAGGCCGGCCGCAAGCUCCGCAAGGAGCGCAAGAACCGCUCGAAGAAGCUCCGCGGCACCUCGAAGGCCAAGGCCGGUGACGCCAAGAAGAAGUAA